AUGGCUGUGAAUCAGGCAACGUUCAGAAUCCCAGGCCAUUUGAUAACACGAAGCAGGAAAUUGGCCACGUCAUCGAGAGCUUCUCGUCAGACACCUCACCCACCGUCGGUUUUCUGUCUUCCGAUUCACAGCCAUUUUGGGUUACCUUCCGACAACAAUUUCGCCGGAGUACUCGAUCGCUCGCCGGAGUAUUUCUCCGAUCAGAUAUUAGUCGGAUUACACGACUCGGGCAUGGGAGUUGUGACGGUCUCGAGUUCCGCCACAGGGUCGCCGGUCGGAUUGAACUCUAGGUACUUGAAUCGUGUGUCUCUAUCCAGAAGGCCCGUGGUAGUGGCUUUCAAAUCUGAUAAAAGUAAAAAAACGGCCUUAGUUGGGCCUCGAGAGCCCGUGGCCUUGCCUGUGGAAGUGAAUAAAGAGAACGUGAAGAGGAUAAGAAAGGCGAAGAAACGAACCGAACGGGUAAAUGCUGUCACGAUUGACGAAGCUCGCCCGAGCAUUUUGGAUUUGGAUUACGGUGAUGCUGCUGCCAAAUUAGAGAAUUUGUUCAAAAUAAGUCCAAUUGUCGUUCCUGAUGAGGUGUUGGAAACCCAAAGGGUCAAACGGAGGCAGCAAAGAAGGAAGAGGAGCGGUGAAAAUGAAGAGAAAGGGAAAAGAAGUGCAGAGAGUUAUGUAAGGAGUCAGAGGAAGGGUAUAAGACUGAGUCUCGAGAAGAGAAUUGCUUUGAGAACGAAGAACGAAGGUGAAACUGUAGCGUAUGUAGAUAAGAAGAAGAAGAAUAGAAAGGAUGGUGAGGAUGAUAAGAUCAACCGGCUUAUCAGGGAAUAUUCAUCCUCUACUGAUAUGGGCAGCUACGAUUGGAAGAAGAUGAAGAUCCCACCUGUCCUUUCUUCGUCUGAGCACACCUGCCUGUUUAAGUUGAUGCAGCCUAUGAAGGAAAUUCUUCGAGUCAGGGACAUGUUAGGAAUUGAUUUGAAAAGGGAGGUAAAAGAUGAUGAGUUGGCAGUGGCAAUGAAUACAGAUGUUGUUCGAUUGAGGAGACAACUGGAGGUCGGUCGAGCUGCCAGAAGCAAAUUGAUCAAGCACAACCUUCGGCUCGUUUUAUUUGUCAUGAACAAAUACUUUCAAGACUUCACAAACAGCCCGAGAUUCGAAGACCUUUGUCAAGUCGGGGUAAAGGGUCUCAUAAUGGCCAUUGACCGUUUUGAGCCCAAGAGAAAGUUUCGGCUGUCCACAUACGGGCUCUUCUGGAUCAGGCAUGCAAUCAUCCGCUACAUGACGGUCACAAGCUUUAAUAAGGUCUCCUUUGGUCUCGAGUCGGUCAGAUUACAAAUCAAGAAGGCAAAGCUGGAGCUGUUGUUUGAGCUGAAGAGACAGCCGACAGAUGAAGAAAUCAUAGCCCGAGCUGGAAUUUCCCAUGAAAGGUACCAUGACGUAAAGAGGGCAUCAAUGCCUAUUUACUCUCUCAACGCUCGGCAUUGGGUGACUAACGAGGAGUUUAUCAACGGUUUAACCGAUGUAGAUGGCGUCGAUGGGGGUAAUAGGAGGCAGCCCGCAAUCCUCAGGCUUGCUCUGGAUGAUGUGCUCGACUCGUUGAAACCAAAGGAGAGUUUGUCACCGAGCCUGGUUGGUACCCCCUCUGGGCCUCGUCCAGCUUCUGGUGUACCUGCAAGUACAGGAAAUGUAAAACUACAGAACAAGCUCAAAAAUGGGAUCUUGAAAAUAACUUCAAGAAAGGGAGCAACCGAGCGAAGAUAA